AUGUCUAUCGAUGCUCAUCGAUCAUAUCAUGAGACAGUCAAUAUCCCCCGGAAGGAGCACCAUACUGUUUCUAUUUUUAGAGGGCGGUUGUUAAUAGCAACGGUGAUCAUCAGCAUGCUAUGCACAGUUAAGAGGCUUAGCAUCGACGCUUAUGAGAAUGACCCUUAUGCUAUGGGGCAGUAUAUCAAUGAUAAGGACAUGGUAGAAACCAUUCCAAAUUCUGCCUCUGGUUGGAGGAUUACCCAAAGGAUCAGCCCUAUGGUUAGCACAUUACCAAUCGACUUUCAACCAUCAGGCCGCAUUGCCGCAUCCAGAAAUAGACUCUAACUAAUUUUCCUUCAGAUCGUCACCGUUUGCAAGGCGGG